GCGAUUACGUCAUCUCAUUAAAUACGUCUCUGGUCAGUACUUUACGAAAUGAAAUUUUGCAAUAAUUGAUUUUAAUGGCAAAUCAAACUUUCCCCGCAUUCCUUGCGCCGCCUCUGGCUUCUGCCGGCGAUGAGAAAGCCAAAUUAUUGCUAAAGGUACAAAGUUUAAAGUACGUCCGAGAAUAAAUAAUUAUUUUCUCCUAAUAAAAACAUUCCGUGUAACAACGUCCACUAAACAACAAUGCUACAAGUUGCAAAAUUUGUUAGAGCGAAUUUAAGACAUACCAGGUGUCUUGCGUCGACAGCUGCUCCCCAACCCAAAAAUGCGCCCGAAAAGGAACCCUCGCCCGCAUCCGAAAAUUUAUCCUUCACGCUGAACCUAUUCCGGGGUCAGCUGGAGGCGCGCGAAGUCUUCCCGUUCCCGAACCCGCUAAACGAAGAUCAAAGGGAUACGGUCCGCAUGCUGAUCGAUCCGGUCGCGAAAUUCUUCGAGGAGAUCAACAACGCCAAGAAGAACGACGAGCUCGAAAGCAUCGAGGAAAAAUCGCUAACGGCACUGUGGGAUCUGGGCUUCUUCGCCACGCAGGCCCCGACCGAGCUCGGCGGACUCGGACUGACCAACACUCAGGCGGCACGCGUCGUCGAAAUCGUCGGCAAGCACGAUUUGGGGCUGGCCGUCACGCUCGCCGCGCAUCAGUCCAUCGGGUUUAAGGGGAUCUUGCUCUACGGGACGCCCGAGCAGAAGGAGAAGUACGUCCCGAGACUGACGACGGGCGACUUUGCCGCAUUCUGCCUGACCGAACCGUCGUCCGGAUCGGACGCCGCAUCGAUUCGAACGAGGGCGGAGCUGAGCCCCGACGGCAAGCACUACAUUUUGAACGGUUCGAAGAUCUGGAUCAGUAACGGGGGACUGGCGAAGGUGAUGACCGUGUUCGCGCAGACCAGCGUCACCGACCCGAAAACCGGCGAGCGCAAGGACAAGGUGACCAGUUUUAUAGUCGAACGCGCCUUCGGGGGCGUAACGAGCGGACCGCCCGAAAAGAAGAUGGGCAUCAAGGGUUCAAAUACGACCGAGGUGUUCUUCGAGGACGUCAAGGUGCCCGUGGAGAACGUCCUCGGCGGGGUCGGUAACGGAUUUAAGGUCGCCAUGAACAUACUCAACAACGGGCGUUUCGGUAUGGCCGCGUGCCUGGCCGGUACGAUGAAGGCGUGCGUAAAGAAGGCGACCGAAUUCGCGGUCAAUCGCACGCAAUUCGGCGAGAAGCUGCGAUCGUUCCAGGGAAUACGGGAGAAGCUGGCGCGAAUGGCCACGUUGCAGUACGUAACGGAGUCAUUGGCGUACAUGAUCGCUGGUAACAUGGACAACGGUUCCCAGCACUACCAUCUCGAGACCGCAAUCUCAAAGUGUGUUUCGUCCGAGGCGGCUUGGAACGUUUGCGACGAAGCAAUUCAAAUUAUGGGCGGUAUGGGUUUCAUGAAGGAGACGGGCUUGGAGCAGGUAAUGCGCGACUUACGAAUUUUCCGCAUUUUCGAGGGGACCAACGAUAUUUUACGCCUACUCGUCGCGCUGACCGGCAUACAGUACGCGGGGGCCCAUCUCAAAGAGCUGCAAAAGGCGUUUAAAAACCCGGCGGCGAACCUGGGCGUACUGCUCGAGGAGGCGUCGAAGCGUGUCGUCCGCUCAGUCGGUCUGAGUUCGCCCCCGCAAAUGGAUCAUCUCGUGCACAAAGACCUCGCCUCGUCCGCCAACCUUCUGUCUAAGAGCAUCGACACCUUCGGACAAUCGGUUGAGGCCCUCCUGAUCAAGCACGGCAAGAGUAUCGUGCACCAGCAGUCGCUGCUCAACCGCCUCGCCAACUGCACCUUCGACAUUUACACCAGCGUCGUCAUCCUCUCCCGCUGUACGCAAUCGCUCAAUAACAACUUGCCAAGCGCCCAGCACGAGAAACAGAUGACCCAAGCGUGGAUUGUGGAGGCAACCGAGAGAGUGAAACACACUUUGGAAUGCAUCCGAAAAGGCGACUACAUACAGAACAUCGACACGCUGAGCGACAUCGGAAACCAAAUCUGCGAAAGCGGCGGGAUCAUCCACCCGACACCCCUCAAUUUCUAAUAUAUUCUAUUUUUUGUAAAACAAAGUAUUAAAUAUAGGUUAUGUUUUUCA